AUGAAGCUCGUUGGAUUGCUGGUUGCUGCUUCUCAUGGGCAACUUUUGCCGAAACUCGAGUUCAAGGGAAUGCCUGUACCAGCGCAUCUUCUGAACAUUGAACCAAAAGAUCUUGAGUCACAGAGCUCGUCAAAAGCAGAGACGACUACUGUGAUGCCAAGUACAUCAACGAUUACCACUUCUCGUGCGUCAUCUACUGUUACAGAAAACAGUUCACAAGCAACAACCACCCAUGCAACAACAACAGAAGCUGCGCAGAGCAUCGAAGAAUUCUUAUUUUCAAUGGAGAACAACGAAAAUUCCAGCGUCUCAGACUCAAGAAAUGAGAAUGAUACGACCAGACCGUCGAGGGGAUCUUUUGAUUUGAAAGCAGCGAUGGAAGAAAGUCGGGCGCAAGGAUAUGGAUCAGUUACUGGAGCGCGGCUGAGAUUCGCCGGAACACCUUUGGGAGACGUAGCGCCAAUUUAUUUGUGCAAGAAUCGCUCCGGAAACCACUGCUGCGACAAUAAAGAUCCCGACUGCUUCACGCCCGGUGGCUGCUUCUGCGAUUCGUCAUGCCGAGCGUUUGACGACUGCUGUCCGGAUUUUGAGGACGAAUGCGUCGAUAAAAAGUGUCUUGAAGAGACUAAAAAGAAUUCAGCUGGAAAACUCGCGCUCCGAGGAAUCGAGUUGCGGCGAAUGAGACAUCCCGAGGUGAUCAUGGUCGCUUCAGGAGGUCAACCAACGCACGUAGAACCAGACGGCUGUUGCAACGGUAUUCCAUACAAUCAUGGAAUCAAAUGCUGCUGCAAUGGAGCUCUGACUGAUCAGUGUCCUUGUCCAGAAACUUAA